AUGGGAUAUUGCUGGCCAAGAACGUUACACGUCCAUGACACGGGUUUAUUACAAAGACGCAUUUGGUUGUGUAGUAAUGAUGACCUUCCUUCUCAUAAUGUGACCGAGAAAGACUUGGACACUUUUUGUAAAGAACAUAAUUUUACAGCCUGGGCAAACACAUCUGUCAAAAAUAAUUGGCUGAUUAAGGAAUCUAUGUCGUAUUUACUGAGAGAAAUGAUGAACAAAUACAAAGAAGUGAACAAGGAAAAUAGUCAAAAAACCGAAUUGACCUCCAGUGAACUUUAUUUUUGCCAGUUGAUUGUGCUUAAAAAGAAGGUGCCAUGGCUUCCCAGUAUGCUCAAAGGAUGUCUCGUUUGGCCAAUCGUAUAUUUGGACAAUGAACGCCCAUACAAUAUGGACCCCCACGUAGUGGAGUAUUAUCCGCCUAUCAGAGAAAUUAAUUCCCUGAUGUUAAGACUCAGGGCUCAUGGUCUCUUCAGGGAUGAACAUUUGGAUUUCAAGGAAGAAAUGAAACGGCUGAGGAUCCUUCGAGGAAAAGUGAAACCCAAAAAAGGCGAAGGCAAACGAGCCAUGAAGAAAAAAUAA